AUGAAGCUUUUCCACAUUAUUUUCGUUGUUACUGCAUCCAUUGUUAGCAUCAGUGCAGUUCCAACCAGCAAGAAAUUUGAUCCCAUCACGUUUAUUAAUGCGCCUAUUAACGUGCCUAUUUUUUCCACUGGUGGGUCUAAUCCUGACUACUUUGCAGAAAUUGAAGUUUCUAAGCAAAAAUUUAAUGUCUGCUUGGAUACUGGCUCAGUCAAUCUUUGGUUACCACAUCCAUCGUGUCGUGACACUACCUGCACAAAAACAAAAUCGUUUGAUUUUACCAAAUCGACAACCUUCUCUACUAAUAACGAGCCUUUUCUAGAGGUCUAUGGUGGUGGCAACGUCUCUGGUAUUGUUGCUACUGACAAUAUCUCAAUGGGUGGCCUCACUUCUCAAGGACAAAUUUUCGGUCUUGCUCUUCACCAGACAAAUGGGCUUGACGAUUCUAAAUACGAUGGAAUUAUGGGUAUGUCUGCUGGGCGAAUAAAUAUUACAAAAUCCAUCGAUGCUGUCCCUUUGUUCAACAGUUUAGUCCAGCAGGGAGUUGUCGAAGAACCAAUGUUCAGCUUUUACUUUGGUAGAAAGGACGGUACUCACGGUCAACUUACUCUUGGUGGUUAUGAUAGCUCUUUAUUCGAGGGAAGUCUUCAGUUCAAUACACUAAUAGGCAAUAAUACAGGUGUUUGGCUGAUUGCUUUGGAGGACGUUUCGGUUAACGGUACGCCUUUGAACUUCAAAAAUAAGAUUGCGAUCCUUGAUACUGGUGCCCCUUACAUCUAUGCCUCGAACGUCGAUGCUAAGGCCGUUCAUUCAAGUAUUGACGGCGCUGUUAAACAUCAAGGCGCGCACCCUCUUGUCCCGUGCAAUACUACAGCUGUUGUCUCUCUUCAAUUUGCUGGCAUCAAUUAUAAUAUUACCUUAGCCGGGGAACCGGUAAAAGGAAGUGACGGCCUCUGUUUAUCGGGUGUUUCUGGUUCUGGAGGUCAGUUAAGCAAACACGGUAGUAAUCCUAAUGUUUGGAUAGUUGGUGUACCUUUCCUCAAGAAUGUAUACGCUGCUUUUGACAUUGUAAAUUCGAGGGUUGGAUUUGCCCUUCCUAAAACGCAAGCAGUUUAA